AUUUGCAGUUACAGAGUACAGGAUACAGAGUGCAGAGUAAAUUUCGGAACAUGGUCAUGCUUACGUCUGUUCCAAUUCUUAGUUCUAACCUUAAAUUGCCUUAAAUGUAUAGUUGAUUAAUUUAAAGAUUUAAACAUAUGGCACAAUCAAACUAUUACGACGAGGUGGAAAUCGAGGAUUUCGAGUACGACGAGGACGAAGGAAUUUACUAUUAUCCAUGUCCGUGUGGCGAUCAAUUUCAAAUAUCUCUUGCCGAUCUGGCUAGCGGCGAGGAAGAAGUCACAUGUCCUUCCUGCUCUCUCGUGAUUAAGGUGAUUUAUGAUAAAGAGUUAUUUCGCGCUAAGCAAGAAGAAGUUGAAAAAAAGAGCGAAAAGAAGGAAUUGAUAGCGCAAAAAGUUUAAAGUUUAAACAAAAUUAUUUUUGAGAUAUUUGAG